AUGUCAAUGUGCAAAGCAGAAUUUACUUAUUUAGAAUCACAAUAUCGGGAAAGAUUUUUACUCGCUGCAUUCAAGUGUUGGAAAGUUAUUUUAAGAAUUUAUACAAAUACAACUGAAUUAUCUCGUAUAUGUUCAAAUGCUGUAAUUGAAACGGGAAUUGUAUCCAAUGAUUUAAAUGAUUUAAAUGAUUCAAAUGAUCGAAAUGAUGAUUCUUCUAAUUCUUCUUAUGGAGAUAAAAAUGAUGUUGAUGUUCCUAUUUCUGUUGAGUCAAUUUAUCGUGUUGAAUCUAAAGAUUGUGAUCUUGAUGAAGUCACACAAACAAUUCUUUAUAAGAAAAAAUUUCCAGAAAAUGGAUCACCUAGGACACCAGCAGCAUUUGUUUUGCAUCAUUGCCUUAAUAAAAUUAUUUUGCAAAAUCGUUACGGUGAACAAUGGACCAAAAUCGGUUUCCAAGGAAAAGAUCCUUCAACAGAUUUUCGUGGAAUGGGAAUGCUUGCUCUAGAUGAUUUGGUUUACUAUGCUAAAAAUCAUCCUAAAUCAGCACGUCAUGCAUUAAGGAUUAAUAUUACAUUCUUUGCUGUUCAGAUUCUUAGAACUAGACAAUUACAAUAUUUUUUAUUUAAAUAUAAAAUUAGUAAAGAUGUUUAUCAUGAAUUUUUCUGUUAUCUAUUUCAUUCAUUUAAUGAAUAUUGGACUUCAAGAGAACCAGCGAUAAGUAUUAUGGAUUUUGAAAGAGUUUUUGAUCAAUUCAAAAAAAAUAUUAUUAGAGAAUUAUCAGAAAGAAAACUUAUGGUAUUAAAUGAAUCUAAAGAAAUUUUUUCUCCUGUAAAGAAAGAAAAUUAA